GUGCCCCCACCCCUCGGGCAUCCAAGUCGGGUCGGAGGUGUGAGGUUAGGAUCCUGGGCCUUGCGCUGCCUGCUGAUGGUGCAGUGGUGGUGUGCUCUGGUGCCUGCGUCUCCUCGUCAUCCCCCCCCCCCCCUUCCCCGCCUCCGUGUCUGGGGGUCCUUGCUCUGCCCUGCCUGUCAUUCAUUCAUUGCCCAGGUGCGAUUCUCGCAUCGAGUUGGGACGUCGAUACGCCACCACCACCACCACCAGGGGCUGCUCCUCCCUCCAUCACCACCAUCAGGUCGACCAGCACCAGCACCAGGAGGAGGUCGUCUGUCUGUCUGGGUGGUUCCAUGGCGCCGGGGCUGGGACUUGCCGCUGCCCCGCCGUCCAUGCGCGUCGUGGAGAAUCCGGGAGUGGGAUUGUGCUCGACGACCCAUUUGGAGUGCUGCAGCGGGGGUUGCUCUUCUUCCAUUGCAACUGUGUUUCACUUGAAUUAUGGUAUGGCCGGUAAGGCUGUGUGGAUAGGUUCUGGUACCCGGGACAGAGAAGUUGUUAGCGUGUGGAGGCGCUACGGCCAUGGAAAGGACCAGGGGCGAGGGAAAAGAGUGGUGCAGUGCUUGGGGAUGAGUGAGAGCUCCAGCAGGAAGGAUCAGCAGGCGGGGAUUGUGAGGAUUUUUGACGUGGAGGAUCCGCGUGGGGCUAGUUCGUCGCUGAAGAAGGGCACCAUUGACGUGAAUACUGCGUGGGAGCUGUUGCGCCAGGAUGUGCUGUAUCUGGAUUGGAAGGCCCGGCAAGACGUACUCACAAUUGUCCACGCCCACGACAAGGUUGUUGAAGUGCUGAACCCUCUUGUGAGAGAUGUCAAAUCUGUCGAAACUCUUCGCUCCGAGCUCGCUGGACUGCAGGAGGAACUUUCCAAAGCUCAUGCCCAGGUCCAUUUGUCGGAGGCCAGAGUGGAACAUACUCUUCGGAAGCUUGGUGAGAUGGAAUCACUGUUCAAUACUAAGUUGCUGCAGAACCAAGGCAGAGAGCGAGGAAGUACUGUUCCUAAAGCUACCUCGGCCCUGCAACUGGCCCUUACGGGAGAGGCGGAGGCUGAUUUAAGUGCACGUCCCAGAACUAACACGUCGAGAGCAAAAUCCCUUGAAGUCUCUGGUCCCAUAGGUCCUUAUCCUGCGCAGUUGAAGAAUUAUUGGUAUCCGGUGGCCUUCUCUGCCGACAUUGACGAUAAAACCAUGGUGCCGUUUAAUAGCUUUGAAGAAGCAUGGGUUAUUUUUCGAGGGAAAGAUGGCCGUCCAGGAUGCGUGCGAGAUUCUUGCGCACACAGGGCAUGUCCACUAUCGCUUGGGAAAGUUGAGGAGGGACGGAUACAGUGUCCCUACCAUGGAUGGGAAUACAACACAUCUGGUAAAUGCGAGAAGAUGCCAUCUACGAGGUUUGUGAAUGCAAAGCUCGAUUCUCUUCCUUGCAUUGAGCAGGACGGCAUGGUAUGGAUAUGGCCUGGAAAUGAAACCCCGUCUACAAAUCUUCCUUGUUUGAAUCCUCCAUCGCAUUAUACUAUUCAUGCACAGAUUACGAUGGAGUUGCCAGUGGAGCACGGAUUGCUAGUAGAAAACUUAUUGGAUUUGGCUCAUGCGCCUUUCACUCAUACCACCACUUUUGCCAAGGGUUGGGAUGUCCCUAACUUUGUGAAAUUUAGGACUCCAAUUGCAGCUCUGCAAGGUACUUGGGACCCGUACCCCAUAGCUAUGGAGUUUAAACCUCCAUGCAUGGUGCUCUCCACCAUUGGGUUAGAGAAGCCUGGCAAGCUAAAUGGUUCUGAUGUGGAAGCUUGUCCUACACACCUCCACCAGCUCCACGUUUGCAUGCCUUCAUCAAAGGGCAAAACGCGUUUGUUGUAUCGGAUGGCCUUAGAUUUCGCCCCGUACCUCAAGCAUGUUCCGUUCAUCAAGUACUUAUGGCAACACCUUGCGAACAAGGUGUUGGGUGAAGACUUGAGACUCGUGGAAGGUCAGCAGGAUCGGAUGGAAAGAGGUGCGAACGUGUGGAACGUCCCUGUGGCAUACGAUAAACUUGGAGUCAGGUACCGAAGGUGGAGAAUUGCAAUAGAAUCCGGAGAUGAAAGAAUUCCCUUCAGUUCCGAUUAGGUGGAGGUUUGGAGGGGCUUUGCAGAGAAGCCCGAGUUAUGCAACUGCACGCUGGAAGUUCCAUUUGCAGGUUGAAGGCUGUCUUUUCCUCAAGGUAGCAGUUGUGCAGACUCUCAACUAUCAUUCAAGCGUACCCUAUACUGUUAUAUUGUUGCAUGGAUUCCUGAUGCACACUGCUUUGGAGAUGGGUCCUUUUGCCACUGAGCAAGCAAGCAGCGGCGACAGGCCAGCAGUGUGCUUGUACAGUUGUAUCAUGUGUUGGAGUGCGAAGAAGAGACCCUUAUGUUUUUUCAUAAAAGAAAUUAUUUUCUCUUCUCAUUCGGGAUUGUAGCAGUACGCUGGCUUCACUAGGUGGUAACGGAAGCAGAUAGUAGAAUUAUAUGCCAGCAGUCCUCUGUUUGUUGGCUGCUGCGAGAAUAGUGCUUAGAGAUCUUCCAUGCCUCUACUGAAGUAUACGUAGUAUUCUAUCGGCAUCUGUACUUGUUUC